GUUCAGUCAUCUGUCCAAUCACAGACUGAAUAGUCAACACUUCCGUAUUGCACAUGUCUACGGGAGAAAGGAGGAAUGUCCACCGAGUUUCGUCAUUGAACGUGUAACAACUACUGUUGUACUGAUCAUACAUUUUUUGAACAGGCGGUAACCAUGGCUUCCCGAGCUGGACCUCGAGCUACUGGCACAGAUGGAAGUGACUUUCAGCACCGCGAGAGAGUGGCCUCACACUACCAGAUGAGUGUCGCCCUCAAGUCCGAGAUCCGUAAACUGAACAUCGUCCAUGUUCUGAUCUGGCUCCUCUUAGCUGCCCAGGUGACAGUGAGCCAGCUGAACCUAGUGUCCCACAGUGUGGUGGCUGCUCCCUACCAGUGGGAGUACCCCUACCUGCUGAGUAUCAUCCCUUCCCUCUUCAGCUUCAUGGCCCUGCCCAAAAACAACAUCAGCUACCUGGUGAUCUCCAUGAUCAGUGCUGGCCUCUUCUGCAUAGCACCGCUCAUCUACGGGGGCAUGGAGAUGUUCCCAGUGGCCCAGCAGCUGUACCGCCACGGCAAGGCCUACCGCUUCAUCUUCGGCUUCUCUGCCGUGUCCGUCAUGUACCUGGUGAUGGUGAUCGCGGUGCAGGUGCACGGCUGGCAGAUCUACUACAGCAAGAAGCUGCUGGACGCCUGGUUCACCUCCACACAAGACAAGAAGAAGAAAUGAGGACAGAGGACUAAAUUAUUUAAACAACUGACAAGGAAUGACUAUUGCUGCCUGCCACUGUCUGACACCACUUCUAGGCCCAUCUUCCAUCUAUAUUUGAAUUCUACAUCCCCAUCUCGCCAUCCCUAAUUGAUAGUUGUAGGACUAAUUGGAAUACUCAGCAGGCUGUCCUGUCGUCUUCCUGGUAAACCCUCUAACCUCCAUUAUCUCAUCUCCUGGCUCUGGAGCCUGUGGACAGAUUAAGACUUGAGUUGUCUAUCUGAGACUCCAGGGUUUAAUGUUGACCUGUCCUGCUGCCUUUAGAAACCCAUCCUCUUAUAUCUCAUCCUGAUCUAUGGAGCUGGCUGCCAUAAACUGUCCUGCAAGGGAUAGUACGCUAGUUACUGUAACUCCAGUCUUAGCCAUAUGUUCUAAUUACCGCUCCUUUCUCCACAAGUUUGCACUUGUUCACUGAUUUGAAAGGGAAUGACUGGAAUAAUAAAUAUGGUAGAAACUCCCACUAGACCAGGGAUAGGCACCUUUGAUGGGGUGGGGACCACAAAACAUCUGAACUCAUCAUGCCGCAGUAGCUCGCGGGUCUACCUAACCUUGGGGCGGCAGGUAGCCUAGUGGUUAGAGCGUUGGAUAAGUAACCGAAAGGUUGCAAGAUCAAAUCCCGAGCUGACAAGGUAAAAAUCUGUUGUUCUGCCCCUGAACAAGGCAGU